UUUGCCUUCCAAAAUAUACCAGUAUGUUCUAUCAUUGUAUUUUGCUAUGGAUGAGAUCAAUAGUAACCCGUACCUUUUACCCAAUGUGUCUCUGGAUAUUGCAUAUUUUAAAGGUAAAUGUAAGGGUUAUUUAUCAUUAUUCACUCAUCUAAAUAUAGUGACAAAAUAUCUUUACCCUCUUCCUAAUUACAUCUGUGAUGUGAGAACCUGUGUGAUGGCACUUACGGGCCCACUGUGGAGAACAUCUGCCCAAGUGGCAUCAAUCCUACAGAUCAACCUUAUCCCACAGAUUACCUAUGGACCAUUCCACCCUCUCCUGAAUGACCAAGACAAGUUUCCUAAUCUGCAUCAAAUUGCCUCCAAAGACAGAUUCCUGUCUGAAGCCAUGGUAUCCUUGUUGAUACAUUUCAGCUGGAUGUGGGUGGGACUGGUCAUCCAAGAUGAUGACCAAGGUAGACAAUUUCUCUUAGACGUAAGAGAAGAAAUGCAAAGAAAUGGAGUCUGUGUAGCCUUUGUAAAUAUGAUCCCAGAGAACAUGCAGUUAUUCAUGACAAGGGUUGAGAAAUAUUACCACCAAAUCAUUACAUCAUCAGCAAAUGUUGUAAUCAUUUAUGGGGAAGUGAACUCUACUCUAGAAGUGAGUUUUAAACACUGGGAAUAUUUAGGCACACAGAAAACCUGGGUCAGCACCUCACAAUGGGAUGACAUCACAAGGGAGAGUGACUUCAGCCCUACUGCAUUCCACAGGACUUUCACUUUUUCACAACAUCAUGGAGGUAUUUCUGCUCUUCCUAAUUUCUUGGACAGAAUGAAGUUCUCUAAGGACACACAUUAUUUUUCUCCUGAAAGACUGUGGUGGAUGUACACCAACUGUUCAAUAUUGAAAUCUAACUGUAAAACACAGAGUCAUUGUACAUUCAAUAACACAUGGGAAUUGGUAGCAUGGCACAGAUUUGACAUGGCCAUAAAUGAUGAGUGUUACAAUAUAUAUAAUGCUGUAUAUGCUGUGGCCCAUGCCCUCCAUGAAAUGCUUCUUCAAGAAAUAGAUUUUCUGCAAAGGAAAAAUGUGAGCGCACUAAUGAAUGAGUGCAUUCAGGAUGGGGAUUGA